AUGUCUUCCCUUUUACUCUUCUACAUAAGCCUCUCCCUUCAUCUCCUUUUCUCUCUUCUACAUAAACCUCUCCCUUUUCUCCCUUCUACAUGUCUUCCCUUUUCUCUCUUCUACAUAAGCCUCUCCCUAUUCUCUCUUCUACCCUCUCCCAUUUCUCUCUUCUAUAUAAGCCUCUCCCUAUUCUCUCGUCUAUAUAAGCCUCACCUUUUCUCUCAUCUAUAUAAGCCUCAACCCUUUUCUCUCCCUCUCCUUUUCUCUCUUCUAUAUAAGCCUCAACCCUUUUCUCUCUUCUACAUUAGCCUAUCCUUUUCUCUCUUCUACAUAAGCCUCUCCUAUUCUCUCUCUUCUCCCUCUCCCUUUUCUCUCUUCUACGUAAGCCUCUCCCUAUUCUCUCUUCUACCCUCUCCCAUUUCUCUCUUCUACAUAAGCCUCUCCCUAUUCUCUCUUCUACCCUCUCCUUUUCUCUCUUCUACAUUAGCCUCUCCCUUUUCCCCACUUCUACAUAAGCCUCUCCCUUUUCUCUCUUCUACCCUAUCCUUUUCUCUCUUCUACAUAAGCCUCUCCCUAUUCUCUCUUCUACCCUCUCCCUAUUCUCUCUUCUAUAUAAGCCUCUCCUUUUCUCUCUUCUACAUUAGCCUCAACCCUUUUUUCUCUUCUACAUUAGCCUCUCCCUUUUCCCCACUUCUACAUAAGCCUCUCCCUUUUCUCUCUUCUACCCUCUCCCUUUUCUCUCUUCUACAUAACCCUCUCCCUUUUCUCUCUUCUAAGUAUCUCUCCUUUUCUCUCUUCUUCAUAAGUCUCUCCCUUUUCUCUCUUCUAUUUAACUCUCCUCUUCAUCUGUUUUACUUAGACCUCUUCUUUUUCUUUCUUCGACAUUAA